GGUGUGAAGUGUGAAAUAGCAGCUUGAGAAUUACGAUAAUGUGAAAAUUGAUGGAAAAAUAAAAGCUAGCAUUUACCUAUAGCUAGCUAGCUAUAUAGCUAUAGGCAUUUUACACUUCUAUUUAAUAUGCAAUAAAUUGCAACAGUUACAGUUUGUAACAAAACAAUGAAUUUCAAAAAAGAAUUGUUUAUUUUUAUGUUUGUAGCACUGGUAUUACCCAAAGGAGAAUGUAUUUUAUGGAGAAAGGGUUGUUUUAGGAGCAAUGAUGCUACAACCCAGAUUGUAAAAAGUAUGGAUUCUCCUAAAAGUUGUACUUUGUAUUGCCACUUAAACAGGCAGUUAUAUGCAGCAUGGAGAAGGGAAUUUUCACAUUGCUUUUGUGUAAAUUACUCCAGUCUAUUACAAUCGUGUGGAUGCAGCAAACCACACUGUGCUGUUCUUUAUUACACAAAUGUCAGCAUUAUCAAACACAUAUCCUUGGAAUCUUCAGUAAUAUCUCAGAACCAACUAAUAGUGAUCAAUAUUAAAGUGAAUACAAAGCCUUCUCAAGAAAUUUUAAACAGUAUUCAAGUGUUUCUUGACAACACAGAAGUAUCUUUCCAAAUAUCUAAUAAAAAUUUAAUAGAUUUUAACAUUUUGGUCAACACAACUCAUUUAGAAUUUGGUGAUCAUGCAGGAAAAAUUAUUUUAAAAGAUGAUGUCACUGAGGUUAUUAUAAACGAUUAUUCAUUUAAAAAGGUUAAAGGAGAACUGUUCUAUUUUACAGUAAAAGAUGACGAUGCAAAAAUAAUUCAAAAUGGUAGUAUUGCUGUCAAAUCAAACACCUGUUUAAAACUUUGCUUUUGGGCAGAGGAUCAGUUUUCUUACUUAUCUAUUCAAAUAACUCCUAAUGUUGCACUAAAUGAAACAUUUCUACUUAAAAGAGCUGAGAAAAAUUGUUCUUGUAGACUUGUUAUUGAAAUCCCUUUCAAAACAGCUGGAAUUUAUUCACUCGCAGCUAUAGCCAAGCAAACAAAUCAAUCUUAUUUUACUAAGUUGGAAAGAGUCGUCAUUGUUCAAGACAAAAUUCAGUUUUUGUGUGUGAAAGAUAUAAAUUUUGUUAUUGGAAAACAGAAUACACACAGAGCAGUUUAUGUUGGUCCAAGCACUGGUGUAACAUUCCUUUGGUAUUUUGGUAAUGAAACUGAUCCAAAAAUUACAGAUAAACCUGAAUGUAACUACACUUCUACUCAAAGUGUUGGAUUCAACCUUGUGAUAGUUGCUAAAAAUAAUGUUAGUACAAUCAGUACAGAAAGGACAAUUCAUUUGAUGUAUGAGCCAAAAAAUGUCAAAAUCAAUGCACCUCCUAAUCCAAUAUUGGAAGGAAAGGAAGUCGUGUUUUCUACAAAUAUGCUUUUUGAUGGCAACACUAAGUUUAGUUGGUCUUUCAAAAUCUUUAAAAAGAGGGUUUUAAAAGUGUCACAGGAAACACGAUUUAAAGUAGUGUUGGACAUUAUUGGAAAAGCAGAAGUUGUGUUGCAGGUGCUGAGCCCAUUAGCCAAUAAAAAUAUUACUCAUGUUCUUUAUAUUAUCAAGAAAAUUGAACCAUUUCCAGCCUUCUACAGUCACAUCUCAUGCACAUUGAUCAAAUUCAGUGUUAACCUCGAUGUUGAUGAUUACUAUGCUGAUUUUUUCAAUUCUACAUACAAUCCAUUGUUUACAUGGAAUUUUGGUGAUGGUUCAAAAGAAGUACAAACUAAGAAACCAUAUGUCAAUCAUGACUAUGGUGGCAAGUGUGGAAACACACUGAGGGCUUACAAUGCAUCAGUUAGGGCAUCCAAUGUCCUUUCAAGUUAUAUGACCAACACUCCUGUUUUUAUUCAGAAAGAUAUUUGUAACAUUCAGAUUUACUUUCCUUGGAGAUAUGGAAUUGUAAAGCAAUUCAAGCUCUCGGACCACAUAACAUUUUUGCCUGUUGUUGAUGUCAACUGUUCAAUAAAUGUAACAGCUUCAUAUCUCUGGCAGUACUCUGAUGCUACCUUAUCACAAGUCUUAAACGAAACUCUAAGUAAUAAGCUAUCGUUUACAAUCCCGGCCAAUUCUCCAAAACUCGGUGUGGGAACAUUUAAUUAUAUUUUUCAGAUCUCAACCAGUAUAGGUAUAUCUCGGUCAUAUCAAGGAACCUUCAGUAUAAUACGCAGUGGACUUAAAGCAAAAAUUCUAAGCGGUGGUGUUAGAUACAUCAACAAUGACCCAUCAUUGAUGAUUGAGUUAGAUGGCUCUAAGUCAUUUGACAUCGAUCACCCUGGUAGUGCAUCUGGAUUAAGCUAUAAAUGGGACUGUUACGUGCAAGAUGGCAAGAAAGAAAAUAAAUGUUUUCAGCCUGGAUUUAAAAUUAAUCUGAACACAAAUAAACUGAAGUUUCCUGCAAAACAUCUAUUGUACAGAUCAAAAAUUCUUUUUGUUUUGACUGUAAGCAAGGAGAAGCUAGCUUCCUCCAAUGAUACUGUAUUGCUUCUAAAAAGUAGCAUUAGUAAAACGAGUCACAUAGAAUGCAACUCUUGCAGAGGACACAAUCAAUCGUCAAGUACUAAAUCUGUAUUUACAGCUGUUUGCUUAAACUGUGAUGGCGAUGAACGCUUUGAAUGGACUAUUUACGUUAUAAAUGCGGUAAAAAAUUUAUUUUCAACAUAUUUCAAAAAAUGUAUGCCAGCCAAAUGGCCUCGACAGUAUUUAGGUGGUAAGACGGGUACUGGUGUACUUGCAAGAAGAAAAUCCACUAACAACACACUAAAAAAUAAUUGCUGCAGAUGCAAAUUCAACGCGUCAACGAUUCCUGAACAUAUAUGCUCCACCAAAAUUAUCCAGGAUAAAACAUGUCAUAUCGCUGGUAAAGAAACUAAACGAACCGAUACAACAUUAGCACCACCUGUAUCUUCAAAACAAUGGACUUUUGGUAGUGCUUCUAAGUUGUACACUAAUGCUGUGCCAAGCACAAGUGGAACAUUCGAAAAAGGAAUAAAUUCACCUGAUGUUGAUGCCUAUUUUACAGAAGGCCGGAAAUAUCGAUUUAAAAUUGAAAACAGUGCACCUCAUGGUGUUAACAAGACAGUUCUGGUUAUUCAUCGCGACGUGUUUACUCCAAGUUUUCAGUAUAUUGUUGAACUGAAUAUAUACAAGACUGCUUAUAUUAACCAAAAGAAAGCUGUUGGUCGUGCCUCCUUUAUGUUUCAAGUUAACCAAUCACCAGAGAAAGGAAGCUGUGAAGUUAUGGUGUUGCAUGGCCAUGAGUUGGCCACAAAGUUCACUAUAAAAUGUAAAAAAUGGGAAAGUGAGAAACCUAUCACAUACUCGAUGCAAAUUCGAGUUUGCAACCUGACACAACAAAAACUCGAUAUAAAAUAUGACAUGAUUCUCUCAACAAGACGACACAGAUUCAAUUUUUUUCUACCGUUUAUAUCAGAUGUUGAAGGAUACUUAAACAAAAAACGGGAAGUGUAUGUUCGCGUAACUGUGGAAAACUCUCUUGGUUCUCGUUUGGUUUUGUGUAAGUUAAUGAUAAUGCUUGAGAAAAAUUCAUCCAUAGAUGACAGUUACAUAUUUCAGAGGGCACAAAGCAUUCUAGCUAUUCGAAGGUUUGAUAAUCCAAGUGAAACAAUGUAUGAAUUGACCAUGUUGACUGUGAAAUUGAACAGUUUAAAGCCAACAGAAAGGACGAAAGAGACAAAACAAAUUAUAUGUGAUUUAGUUGAAACACUCGCACCUAAGGUUUCAGUACUAAUGCUUGCAAAUUGGAUGAAGCUAUUGAGUUGGAAUUUAGAGCAAGUAAAGAAAAGUUACGUUGAAGUUCCUGAAGAAUGCAUGGAAAAAGUGAUUCGUGUAACGAGAAGGAUUGUUGAAAACCCAACAUAUAAAUGUUUGUUUGAACAUAAUGGAGGCCAUCAUAAUUUUGUUGAUGACAUGUACAAAGUAUUUUUAAAGAUACUUUUGUUUUAUAAAAAGAACAAUAAUGAAAUUGGAAAACAAAAGAUUGUCACCAUGAAAAAAAAGUUUGCAGCAAAAGUGGCGCAUGCGUAUUAUAGUGAUGAAACGUAUAUAUACUUUACAUCAUUGGAAAUGAAGGCUAUCGGUUUGAAAACAUCACAAACAAAUGUAAACAUUGAAAGACUUGUUGAAAUUAACAUACAAGAAAAUAGUGUACAGCGACAGGAUAUUGAAACAUGCUACGAUGUGUAUGCAGUCACCUACACAAAUAUUUUUAAUGUCACAGUUAAGGAGAGUGUUCUUUUAUCAGAUAUAAUGAUAUCCGACUGUUCGAAUAAGAAGGAAACUAAAACACCUGUGACUUAUCACGCCCACUUACCUGUACAGAAUGACCAUGUGAAAUUAUUGUUGCGAUGGAAGGAGGUCAACAGACAUGAUGUAAAUUUUACUAGUUACACAGAUGCUACUCAUAUACUGGUCAAUUUUUAUGAAAUAUGUGCAAAUCACGAACAUUUCUUCAUUGAUAUUACCUUAAGAAAUUACAAUGGUUCAUAUAUUCGAAAAAUAUCUUACCCACAACAUUGUAGCAGCAAGUCAUGCAGUAUAUACUUUGCUGGGAAAACUUUAAAUCCUGGUUCAUAUGCUUUGUCGUUAGAGAUAAAGUCUCCUCAUCGAAAGGUUGUCAAACAACCAUGGUUUAACUACACUCUCUCAAUUGUUACUCCUCAUUGUGAAAGUCAUACGAAUUUUAAACCGACCAAAAGUUGUGAAGUGACGGCCUUGUCAACAAUUAAUCAAAUUGUAUGCAGAUGUCAAGGUUCGGCUUUAGUUUCGGGCUACAUGACUUCUAUACCGCAUUUGAUGACUGUCCAAUCCGUCAAUUAUAGAAUGUUUGGUAGCAUGGUUCCAGUAUUCAGUGUAUGUGCUGCAUUCUUCAUCUACCUUCUACUUGUCUUAUGGUAUUGGGAUGUAAAAAGUACCUUCUCUGAGACAGUCAGUGAGCAUCCAGAAAACCAUCCUUGCGAUAUUUACAAAUACAACAUAUUAAUUGAAACAGGCUUUAUGUCUGGUGCUGGUACAAGUGCUCGUGUUUGUGCGGUGAUGCACGGAACAAAAGGACAUUCAGAAAAACUUGAACUGACAAAUAACAAUGUUGACUUGUUUCAGAGAGGUGCAACUGAUAUGAUUCUAAUCAGUUGUCCUCAACACCUUGGAAAGUUGACUUAUUUAAACAUCUGGCUUAAUAAUCAAGGUACCUCUCCGGACUGGUACAUCAAGCAAAUUAUUGUCAAGGAUAUGUCGACCGGGGAAAUUUCUUACUUUCCAUUUCAUAACUGGUUUUCGUUAUCGAGAGGAGUUCGUCAGCUUAGCUGUCGACUUGUUGCUACAGAAAAGUCGUGCCAUUCAAUUAUCCAGAAUGUUUUGGAGAAGUUUUUGGAUUAUCACAUGUGGCUAUCAAUCACAGUUGGUCCAACUAAGUCAAGUUUCUCUACUUUUGAGAGGUUAUCAUGUGUAAUGUCAUCAAUCGUGUUAUAUUUCGUGACAGCCAUUGUUCUGUUUCAUGACAUCAUUAAGCAGAAUGAUGAACUGCUCAGUAUUCUGCACAUCAAAUCCAGCCAGGUCAUUCUUGUUGCGUUUUUCAUUGUGUGCACGCAACUCCCGCUUCUACUUGUGUUGUCAUGUUUCUUUCGAAACAGUUUACUGGUCAAUAAAUCGCGAAAAUCUAAGCAACAUAGGAGGAGGGGGAUAAAAAGGAGUAACAAAGUGAUGGAUUCUUAUGAUGUCGAUGCAGGAAUCAACUCUGGUUUGGAGACAAAGCAACUGGGAGCAAUGUAUUACAAUACUGUUCUUCAAGAGCAAAUUAGUUUGUAUAAUCUUGCUGUUACAUCAGAAUCCGAGAAAACAAAUUUUGCAGUUGCGUGGACAUUUGACUUACCCUAUCACGUUCGGACAGUAGCUUCCAUUGCCACCUUUCUUAUCAUAAUACUUGGAAUGUUAUACAUUUGGUGGAGGUCGCUUAGUUUACCAACAGAUUUAGUAACCACCUGGAUGCAGUUGGUGUGCAUGGCAAUAUCAUUUGAUAUUUUUGUUGUCAGUCCUGUUGUGGCCUUAGUUCAGUGUUGCCUGUCUCAAGUUUGUAAAUGUUGGGGAACAAACUAUGAAUAUUUGUUUAACAUCAAUUCGACAUGUUUGAAGAACAACAAAUUUGACAUGGCGAAAUCUGAUGACAGUGUAAAGGCGUUGGCUGUACGACACAGAGCAAGAUUUAUUCGUUAUGCACAACCAAUACCAACAUCUGAACUGAAGAAGAAGAAAAAUAAGUUGGGAAAGAAACUGAAAUUGAAGAAGGUUGUGAAGAGAGUCAUUCUGGGUGUUGGCUUGUUGGUAAUGUGUGGUGUGAUCAUCUCACAAGAGAAAAUACACGACGUUGCAGAAGCGAGAACAUUUGUGCGAAAUAAAUUACUGGUAGAUACCUUGACCAAUGUUAUAACAAGAAAAGAAUUUUGGUCCUGGAGCGAAGCAAUAUUGCCUAAUUUUAUUUCUUAUGAGAACUGGCAUUGGUCAUUUGAUAAUAUCAAGAGACAACAUACAUUUGCCUUGAGAACAAUUGGAGUUGUACUGAUGGAUAGAAGAAUCGAUGGCGUCAUAGAAUCUACACCAAUCGUUGGUAAUAAAAGUGCUAUUGUGGCGAUGCUACAGAAAAUGAAGAUAGAAGAUUAUUUUAGUAAAGAAGUUGAUCUGGUUACAUUCAAAACAAACGUGAUGAGUAUUUUUAAUGGCAACCCGAUGUAUAGUUCGGUCAAAAUCUCAUUUAAACAACAGCCCACUGGAAUAUUAAUUAACACCGAAGAUGUUCAAACAGUCUACGCUAAUUUUACGAAUACUACAGAAAAGACUUGUGUCAUCAUAUGUCAAGCUUUGCUUGGUCUACUUCUUUGGAUUAUGAUCUUUGACAUUUAUCACAAAUCAUUGGAAACAUCUUGGAGUGGGUUGUUACGUUUGACAACCAUUUUAAACACUGUGUUACUUAUCUGUGGUACCAUCGUUAGCUUAUCCAGCAUUUUGGAAUUUGUCUGCGGAUAUUAUUUGCAGGACAUUCUAGAUUUAAUGGAGUUUGAUGACCACGAAAGUCAUGACAUAUAUGUCAACAUAUUAAAUCUCGUUUUAUUCAAACAGUUUAUUUACCACACAAAGGCGAUUUUGUUCUUCACUGUUGCUGUCAAAAGCCUUGCUCUCUUUAAACUAUGUUCUGUAACAUAUAUGUUAUUAAAAGUUAUGAAGGAUGCCAGUAAGAAAGUAGCUUCGUACAUGGUUUUCAUCCUUAUUCUUAUUCUGGGAAGUUCACAUGCGUGGUAUCUUCUGUGUUUAACGCGCUCAGAUAUAUACAAAAACUUUGGAGAUGCUUUCAAAUACGUGUGCUUUCAUUUACCUCAUAUGCGUUUGACCACGCAAGAUAUUAAUAGCGAACUUUCAAGUUUUUAUAUCUUGUUGAGCACUUUCACUUCUGUUUUGGUUUGGCUGGCGGUUAAAAUGAGCUGCAUCUUCUUUUUUGGACUUGUAACAAGACACAAGAAAAAAUUGGCUGGCAAAAAAAUCAUAACAAUCUCUUGGAUGCUACGAAAGGGUUGGGUUCUUCUCGGCGGAUUGCGCAGUUUAAAGAAAUUUUGGAGAAAGAAAAGAAAAGCAAAACACAGCAAAAUUCCAAAGAAGCACAUUUUCGAGGAAAUCGACUACCAACUUGAAGAGAUGUUAUAUCGUGUGAACAAACUCGUUGAACGGAAUGAUGACUGUUCGGAUGACGAAUUCGAAAAAAGCUGCAUCGAAUCUUCUUCAUAUUUCACUGAUGAACCUUCAACAUCUGCUGGUGGUACAACAACAAACAACUCCUCACCUACACCCAAUGUUAAGCAACCACUCAAUACGUCACUUAGCCGAACUAAAAAUUCUUUACAGCGAGAUGAGCUAGUGAAUCAGAACCGGCAUGAAAAAUCGGCCGAAUCAGAAAAGGUUUUGUCUUUAUCUCGAAACCAAGAUAAAAGCAUUCUUCAACCAAAGCUAUCAAAUUUAUACCCACUAAAACAUCAGCCAAAUAUCUUAAUGGAUGAAAGAAAUUCAAACGGGGUCACUUUUAAAAGAUUUUCUUUAACAAGUAUAAUGGAAUGCAGCACAAAUAACACAACAUUGAAUUCUCCCGCUAAACAGAUGCACCCAAAAAUAGAUGAGGGCCGUGAGUUCAGUCGUAUCAAAAUGGUACCACGCGAGAACAAUGAAGAUGAUUAUAUUUCUAAUAUACGGAAAAGUUUAGAGCGACUUGAAACUUCCGUAAAAACCAUAUCGCCUCAAGAAUCUCAAAACAGAUUGGAAGAUAUUAAGCAUCAAGAAGAAAUUUACCAUGACUUGAAAUUACACGGAGAUUCGAAAACCGAAGAAGCGAAGCAGACACAACGCCCCUUGUCUUCUGUCAAUGAUAGUGGCGUGGACUCGUUUAACUCCAGCAUAAACAUGCUUUCUGGAAGUGAUAACAAAGGUCAAUUUUAUUUCGACAAUCAUUUAAAGUUUGAGUUGGGUCGAUCUUUAAAUCAAGUAAAAAUGUCUGAUGAUAAUUUGGAGUCGGGGAGAAGACAGGCGGAAAUAUACAGAAAACUGAAAAAGAUACACUCCACACGUUGCGAUAUUCCUGAAGAGUGAUGGAUUUUUUGUUUGCUGUAAUCUUUUUUUUUUGUUUCGGUUGCGGAAAAAAAAUCAUUACGUAAACGGAGGUAACUACAUUUAACUGGUGGCUAUUAGAUUUAAAAUUUUGUAUUCGUCAUUAGGAUAAAACCCGUUCAUUUUUUAUUACAAGCUCUUAUACGCAAUCUGUCUAAAGUGUAAAUGUUUCAACAGACAUAAUCUAAGGUAAACAUAUUCGCAGUCGUAGAAGUUCUAAAGUAGAAAAAACUCUACUGACCAGGCAUUUUUUUGCACCGAUAGCUAUUCGCUAUAUAGACACAUUUCACUUUACAAAAACUUCAAGAUAUUCUGAGUAUUCAGGUACAAAGUCAGAAAUAUAUUUUAUAUAUAGCAGAGAUAAUGUUUUAAUAUAUUACGAAAUUAUAAAUUUUUAAGAGAAUUGUUGUGAAGUGUACUGCCGAAUUUUAAGGUGACAACACUCGAUUUUGUUAUCUUCUAAAGUAGUGCUUAGAUUUCCAACGGAAUAUAUUUUUAUGUACGAAGUUUUUUUAAUCAGAAUUCAAAUGUAUAAAGAUGGAAAGUUUUUAUUAAACACUUUGUUAAACAU